AUUCCCCGUGUUGGCGGUCUUGGAAAUAACGGCAAUGCCGACCAACGCCGUGAAACGGUAAAAGCAGGAGCAGCAGGAGGAGGAGGAGGAGGAGGAGCAGUGGAGAGAAAGGGAGCCGGGGCAGCAACAGGAAGGGGAGAAGCAACAGCCAUAAAUCAAAACUUGGCCAAAACAGACAAGGCCUGUGUGAAGGAAGCUUUGUCGUCCGGUGACUUCAAGGGCCUGAUAAAACUUAUUGAAAAAGGGACUGACGUGGACACUCUGAUUUACGAGAAUAACGACCAAGGGAUGCGAGCGGUUCACUACGCUGCCCAGAGCGGCAACAUGGAGAUGCUGAGAGCACUGAAGCAGAGCAAGGUCGACCUGAAGCCUGUAACCCGGAAAGGCUUCACGGCCCUCCACUGCGCCGUCUUGAACGGCCAGCUGGACGCCGUCCGGUGGCUGGUGGCAGAGGCGGGUCUCGACGCUGCCUGCCGCAGCAAAGGAGGGGAAACUGCCCUGGACUUGGCAAAAACACUUAAAAUGACCGAGAUAACUAAUUAUUUGAUCAAGACUCCUGCUCAAGAGGCAAUCCGAAAAGGAGAUUUGGGGAAAGUGAGAGAACUGGUCGCCGGAGGAUUCGACGCGAACGCUGUGCUUCAGGAGAUGAAAAACAAAGAGUGCCGGCCACUUCACCUCGCUGCUGAUGGAGGACAUGUGGACAUUGUGAAAAUUCUCCUUCGCUCGGGAGCUCAGGCAGAGGCAAAGAACAGCGAAGGCAUGACGCCGCUGCACCUGGCGUCCUGGGGGGGGCACGCAGAGGUCAUCAAGGUCCUGCUUGGCGGAGGCGCGGAUGGGAAUGCAAGGACCAGCGAAGGCAUGACGGCGGUCCACCUGGCGAGUAUGGGCGGCCACGUGUCCUCGAUGGAGGUGCUGACGCCCACGUGUGAAUUCCUUUCAGUCACUCGCGAAGGGAAGUCGGCGCUCCACCUGGCGGCCGAGUACGGAAACUUAGGCGCUGUCCAAUGGUUGCACGUGCAAGGGCUUGACCCUUCUUUAAAGGAUCAUUCAGGCCAGACGCCUCUCCAGUACGCGAAGGACGAGGGACACAAGAAGGUGGUGGAGUUCCUCAAACGCCAAGAAGCACGUGCACAGGGAGCUGGGAGUAAGGAUGAGGAAGCAGUGAGGAAGCCCCUCGACCAUAGAGCGAACCCUGAGAGACCAGGCGACUUGGAAGGAGAAAAAGGGAGCCCAGACUUGCACACCGCUGCUUCUGUGGGUCACGUGAAUGUCAUGCGGGACCUCCUGAAGGCGGGAGCUCCAAGGGACACGAUUAACGAAAUGGGUCUUCAGGCCGUGCACUGUGCGGCGAAGGGCGGCCACAUCGAGGCGCUGAAGCUCCUGAAGGAGAGUGAAUGCGAUUUAACGACCAGGACACCCCAAGGCGCCACGACCCUCCACUGCGCGGCCGAGGGCGGGCACGUGGCGGCGGUGCAGUGGCUCCUCGAACACAGCGGCCUCAGUCUCGAUUCCCUCAACAGCGACGGAGACACUGCCCUCGAUGUGGCUCGAAAAAACGGCCAUCAUAACACCACCGCCCAUUUGCAGGAGGCCAAACACCAAAGAGACUUGAAGAAGCUGCAGGAAGAGAUGAAGGAGAAAGAACAUGAGAUAACAAGACUGGCUGCAGAACUGGAGAUGAAAGAAGAACAGGAAAAGGAAGAAAUCAAGAAAUUGCAAGCGAUGUUGAAGAGCAAAGAUGAAGAAAUUAAGCGACUGUCGAAGAAGCAGCGAAAAGGAAAGCACCAACGAGAAUCCAAGAAAAUGGACUCGCCAGAGUGAAAGGAAUCGGCGCUACACAUUUCUUUUAAGUAGUUAUUGAGGGUUAUAUAUAUAUAUAUAUAUAUAUAUAUAUAUAUAUAUAUAUAUAUAUAUAUAUAUAUAUAUAUAUAUAUAUAUAUGGGGCCGCCGUGGUACAGCGGUAACGCGCGCAGCUGUGAGCCAAAGGGUCCGCAAGCACACGGGUUCGAUUCCCGGCCACGGUCCGAAGUUAGGAAGGCCAUCCACUCGGGGUAACGGUCUCCAACUGCCAAAUCCUACCCGUCCUUCACGGGGCAGGCCCGUCCUAGCCCUUGACCAAAAAGGGAGUUUCGUGACGUUAAAUCGAACCAACCAACCAUAUAUAUAUAUAUAUAUAUAUAUAUAUAUAUAUAUAUAUAUAUAUAUAUAUAUAUAUAUAUACAUAUUCAUAUUUAUUUCAGAAAGAUUUCGAAGGUGUCAUAAAACUGUAUUAUCAGAGAGCCGACAAUAUUUAUAAUCCAAUUAUACACAUGUGGUUCUAAUAUUAUAAUAAUACGUAAGUAAAUAAUGUAAACAAAAGUAUAACACGAUCAUAUUAACAGACAAAUACAUACAAAACUCAAUACAAUUAUAUGCAAAACAGAAAUCAUAAAUAUGUGGAACGUAUAAAAGGAAUGCCAAACUAACCAAACUGGGCGUUUAUGGUAAGGGGGAGUCUAGUGGGUAUUUUUAUAAAAUUUAUAAAUCAGUGUGCUAUAUGAAAGAAAAAUAAGAAGCUUGCAUUGAAGUGCAUGGCUAGCAUUAGCUAAUGAAAACCAUUUGAUACUCAGUGGCAACACCCCUUAGAGCCAACUGGAUUUGAGAAGGGGGCAUAGCCGGUAGUUAUUUGCCACGUCUCCUUACCGAGUCAUUUUCUCCCUAAUCAUUUAUUUUCGUUGUUAUUUAGAGCAAUCCAUAGCUACUGCAAGGGAUGCAUACCCCUUUUGUUCUGCUGGCAACAUCCGGUGGGACUUCGCAUUACAUUGCAGGACUCAAAGUAUCAGAAAUCGCUGUUUGAAUGGAUGCCCAGCAGAGGGGUCGGGGAGUUGACAGAUGUCAGGCCGGGGGUUACGGGGUAUGAUUAUGCGGAAAUCCCAGACGAGAUGUUUCUACCAUUGGUGAGGUCCGUGGUGUUCCUCGAGACAGAGCCAUUGUACCUUGUUCAGGACAACAGACCCAUCCACACGAGUAGUGUCGUGAAGGCCUGGUUUCGGCGACACCCCGAGAUUAUGUUGUGCCACAUCCACCCAAAUCACCAGAUCUCAAUCCCAUUGAGAAUGCUUGAGCAGCCAGGGGCAGAGACUUUCCCCCAGGAUCAUAUCCGCAAUCAUCAUUUCAAGCAAUUAUGGUAUGAAAAUUGUUUAACGGGACAAAGUCUAGGGGGUCAACUGCAUAUCAGGUCAACUCACAACACUUUCCAACCGCAUGAGUUUGUCUUCUCUGGUGCGAGAAUAUUGUAAAAGUGUUGUUGGCUACUUGUAGUUGUACUGUUGAUUGUAAUAUUAUUGAAGUUGUACUACAAGGUUUUUUUUUUCAAAGUACGUGUUAAAUCUACAGAAAAGCAAAUAUAUUUUUGGGAUAAA